AUGUCUGCCAAGGGUGUUGGGCAUGUGUUUGGCAAUGAGGAACAUGUUUCUGUCUACGACGUGGUGGCUUAUGGUUUUGAUGAUACGGGGGGUGAUAGCAGGGUGAUAUGGCAGGGAGAUACACAAGCCCACUCUGGCACACAUGAUAAGGAUAACAACAGUUACUACAUCAGAGACUCAUUCCAUUUCGCAAGCAUUAUUCAGAAUUUUACUAUCCCUGAAGACCACAUUAUGGUGAGUCUUGAUAUCGUAUCCCUCUUCUCUAACAUCACAUUGGAGGCUGUAAUCGAUAGCGUCAACCUUCAUUGGGAUUCAAUUGGGGAACAUUGCCCAUUACAGAGAGGGGAUUUCCUUGAGUGCGUCAGGUUAGUCUUCAACACUACUUACUGCCAGUUCCAAGAAAAAUUUUUCAAACAAACAAAGGGAACACCUAUGGGUACUGACUCUUCUUCCAUUUUCGCGGAGAUGGUGGUGGACGACAUCCUUGAUAGGGCUUUUUCGCUGCUUUGCUACACCCCUUUAAUGACGAAGAAAUACGUAGAUGAUCUAUUUUGUAUUUUACGGGCCGACCAACUCAGUGACAUUAUUCGUGUAUUGAACGACCAAAACAUUCACAUAAAUUUUACUCAUGAGGUUGAGACCAAUUCCACCCUUCCAUACUUGGAUUUACAGUUGAUACGCAAUGACGACAACACGAUUUCCACUGAUUGGUAUCAGAAGCCAACUGCCUCUGGGCGAUACCUCAACUACAAAUCAUCCCAUGAACACAAACAGAAGAUCAACCUCAUUCUGGGAAUGAAAGGCCGGUUAGAAAAGUUAGUCUCCCCCCGACAUUUGCAGAACAGCCUCCACAGACUGGCCGACCUACUCAACAGCAAUUCUUACCCAAGGAGACUAAUCAAUAAAAUCCUUUUCAAUACUCCAGGAUACACCACCGAACCCCAUGCCGAGAUCUCACCCCAUACCCCCCAGGAUGUCGACCAAACGACACCUGUUGUCCCCAGGUUUUUCUCCCUGCCAUAUCACCCUGCUAUCACCCCCCGUAUCAUCAAAACCAUAAGCCACCACGUCGUAGACAGAAACAUGUUCCUCAUUGCCAAACACAUGCCCAACACCCUUGGCAGACAUGUUUUCUCAAGGAUGAAGGAUAUAACACCCAUCGAGAAAAGGGCUGGAAUAGUCUAUGCUAUAAGCUGCACAGACUGUGAUAAGACAUACAUCGGCCAAACGGGGAGAAAUCUCAAGACGCGAUUAAGGGAGCACGUCAGGGACUGUGCGAUGGCUAAGCAGACUACAGGCCUAUCCAAACACUGUUAUGAGAUGAACCACACGAUGAACUUCGGUGAUGCCAAGAUAUUGAAGUCUGAAUCUAAUAGACACAAACGAGAAUUCCUGGAAGCUGUCGAGAUAAUGAGCCGAGACAACAACCUCAACAUUAACACCGACUUUAACGGCAUUAACUCCAUCUACUGCAACAUCGUUAAUCUGAUUAAUAAGCCGCCCACCUUUUCUUCUCCCUACACAGAACACCCACUGCCCCAUGACUCGUGA